AUGUGUAACAAAUUGCUGGAUUCGACAAGCUGUUGUGAGCAUCAAGUUGAACUCUACUGUAGACAGUGUUAUGGUAGGAAGUACGGUCCGAAAGGAGUAGGUUUCGGUCUUGGCGCUGGCGCACUUACCAUGGACACUGGCGAACAGUUCGGCAACACUGAAGUCGAAAUGACUAAGAAUGGUAAUAGCAAUGAGCACACAGGCGUGUAUGCACUGCCCCAAACUGCACUUUCAGGCAUGUGUAAUAAACUUCUGGAUUCGUGCACUAUUGCUCAACAUGGAUCUGAUCUUUUCUGUAAGCAGUGUUAUGGACGAAAGCACGGUCCGAAAGGUGUUGGCUUUGGUCUCGGUGCAGGUGCAUUGACGAUGGAUGACGGAGCACGUUUCGGGAAUACGUCUACUGAAAUGGGGUCAGAUGGAAAACCACUUGCCAAUGAUCCUCGAUAUAGCAUGCUUGAGAGUGAUGCUGGAAAGCAAACAGCUCCUAAGGAAUAG